CUAACCUUUCUUCCUUCUUCUGAUUCUGACUCUGAAAAUCUGAACUGAACCCCUUCGCUUCUUCAACCUCUAAAGUUCUGAUUCCUCUAUCUCUCACUCUCAAAUCAAAGCUCCACACUUUUAACCUUCGCGGAUCUGAUUUUGCCUCAAAAUGCUUGGUGGCUUGUACGGUGACCUUCCUCCUCCUUCUGAUGACGACAAGCCCACCACCAACUCCACCGUCUGGUCCAGCAGCGCCAAAAUGGCUCCACCUACCCUCCGCAAACCUUCCUCAGUCUUUGCGCCGCCCCAAACCAUUCUCAAAUCCCAAAACAAGCCUAAAAACCCCAUUCCUAGAACUGCUCCCAUCCCCUCCCCCUCCGUUACGCCUUCCCCUUCCGUCGUACCCCCUGCCGAUGACCUCGCCCACCCUGCCUUGGUAGCCGUCACCUCGACCGUAAUUGAAGAGUAUGACCCCGCAAGGCCAAAUGAUUACGACGAGUACCGAAGGGAGAAGAAGAGAAAGGCGAUGGAAGAGGAGAUGAGGAGGGAACUGGAGAGAAGGCGGAGGGAGGAGGAGGACAAGGAGAGGGAAAGGGAAAGGGAAAGGGAAAGGGAUAGAGAGAGGAAGGAGAGGGAUCAAGCCGAUUCUAGGUUGAAUAUAUCUGGUGAGGAAGCCUGGAGAAAGCGUGCAGCAAUGAGCGGGGCGGUGCCCAGGUCACCAUCUCCUCCUGGGAAUGUAGAUGGAUUUAGCAUUGGAAAGUCGGAUACAACUGGGUUAGGAGUUGGGGCCGGCGGCCAGAUGACUGCGGCUCAGAGGAUGAUGGCAAAGAUGGGAUGGAAAGAGGGGCAGGGGCUGGGGAAGCAGGAGCAGGGGAUCACAACUCCAUUGAUGGCCAAGAAGACGGAUAGGAGAGCUGGCGUAAUUGUCAAUGCUAGUGAAACUAAGCCGGAGAAGAAGGUGAAGAGUGUGAAUUUCAAUGGACCGCCCACUCGUGUCCUGCUGCUUAGAAACAUGGUGGGCCCUGGAGAGGUAGAUGAUGAACUAGAAGAUGAGGUUGGGUCUGAAUGUGCCAAGUAUGGGACUGUCACUCGAGUUCUGAUAUUUGAGAUAACAGAGCCAAAUUUCCCAACUGAUGAGGCAGUCAGAAUUUUUGUGCAGUUUGAGAGAUCUGAAGAAACAACAAAAGCAUUUGUUGACCUUGAUGGUCGAUAUUUUGGUGGCAGGAUUGUGAAGGCAUCAUUCUAUGAUGAGGAGAAAUUCAGUAAGAACGAGCUUGCUCCAAUGCCUGGGGAAAUUCCAGGUUUCACUUGAUGGAAUAAAAGAUUCAAGUGCAGGUAAAAGCUUCUUCAAUUAGAUGGAUUGAUAAUUGACAAUGGACAGUUAGGCAGUGUUAUAAGCAGCAUCAAAGUCGGAGUCAGCUUUAAUUUCUCUGGAUCAAAUAUGCUUGUAAUAUUCUGUGAACAGAAAUCAAUUCGUGUUUUGUAUGUUAAUGACUGUGAGCUGAUUUUCAUGAGCUUAAUAACAAUCUUAACAUCCA